CCUGGAGUCCGCGGUAUUGGGUCGGCGGUGUUGGGCCUUGCUCCGAAGCUCCGCCUUCACUUGGGUCUUUCUAGAAACUCAGCUUUAAUCGCGGCGAUACGGGGCAGUUGCAGCUUCCCAGAAGCGCGUGUGAGUCCCCUAUGGCUGAUACGACCCCCAACGGUCCCCAAGGGGCGGGCGCAGUGCAAUUCAUGAUGACCAAUAAACUGGACACAGCUAUGUGGCUUUCUCGCUUGUUCACAGUUUACUGCUCUGCUUUGUUUGUUCUGCCACUUCUUGGGUUACAUGAAGCAGCAAACUUUUACCAGCGUGCUUUACUGGCAAAUGCUCUUACCAGUGCUCUGAGACUUCACCAAAGAUUACCACACUUCCAGUUAAGCAGAGCGUUCCUGGCCCAAGCUUUAUUAGAGGACAGCUGCCACUACCUGUUGUAUUCACUCAUCUUUGUCAAUUCUUACCCUGUAACAAUGAGUAUUUUCCCAGUCUUGUUAUUUUCUUUGCUCCAUGCUGCCACAUACACGAAAAAGGUCCUCGACGCAAAAGGUUCAAAUAGUUUACCUCUACUGAGAUCUAUUUUGGAUAAAUUAAGUGCUAAUCAGCAGAAUAUUCUGAAAUUCAUCGCUUGUAAUGAAAUAUUCUUGAUGCCUGCUACAGUUUUUAUGCUUUUUAGUGGUCAAGGAAGUUUGCUCCAGCCUUUUAUAUAUUAUAGAUUUCUUACUCUUCGAUACUCCUCUCGAAGAAAUCCAUAUUGUCGAACCUUGUUUAAUGAACUGAGGAUUGUUGUUGAACAUAUAAUAAUGAAACCUGCUUGCCCUGUGUUUGUGAGAAGACUUUGUCUCCAGAGCAUUGCCUUUAUAAGCAGACUGGCUCCAACAGUUGCGUAGUUUAACAUCCAGCUAAGUUAUAUAUAAUCUAAGCAUUAUUCACAGCUGGUACUUUUGCUAGGAGUUUUUAAUUUCAGGUGUAAAACUGACCUCAAUUCAUUUUACAUAACUUACCUAAGUACAUCUCAAUGGGAAAAAAAAUCAUUUCUCUGGCAUGUGAAAUCAAGCCUUUACAAAAUUUCCGAGAAAAUUUUACUGUAUUAUGUUGUUAAUGAUUAUGGAAGUUUGUAUCUUGUGAUAAGUGUACCAAGGAUUUUUUUUUAGAUGCUGCUGUGCCUUUAUCAUGAAGUACAUUUAUUUCUGUUGAGAAAUGGCUCUAAAAUUUCUUUAAACCUGGUUGGUAACCUGAAUUUAUAUCUGGCCUAAAUUCUUUAUGAUAAUACUACAUACAUGAAUUCAGUAUAUUUUGAGACAGUAUUCUUUUGCCAUUCAUUAAUUUUGGUUGAUGAUUUUAUAGAAGCAUUUCCCGCUGCAUUUAAUUUUAUAUUAUUACUUAAAAGUGACUUUUAAGCUGCCUUGUUAGAACAAAUUUAUUUUGAUGUAUUACGAGAAAUUCUAUCUUACACUGUUACCUUCCAAAAUUUUGUUUUCCAUACUAAAUAUCUGUGAGCUUGACUAUGUUUUUUAAAAGUUUCAACUGUAAGCUUGUUAACCAAUUAUGUAACUAUUUGGGGUUCACCUAAACAUUUUACAUUGGAAAGCAAAAGAUAUUCAGCUUUCAGAGAGCUAUUGAGUAAGUAGCAUUUCAUAAGUAGGAAAUCCUUCUCGUAUAGAUAUGGACACAUAGUACUAUCAUAGUUAGUAGAAUUACCUAGAUGAGAUUCUUGACUGCCAGUUUUCUCGGUUUCUUAGGCUUGAAUUUUAACUGACAAUUGCAGAAGUUCAGAUGACUUUUGAAAGUGAUGUCACUGAAGAUUGAACCUAUGACAUACUUGAUUUCUGUUCUGAUACAAUAAUGAAGAUUAUCCUAUUGAUUGCAUACUUACUCAUCAGAUCCGAUUUAAAAUGUUAAAAUGAAAGGAUUAUAGGUAAGGUAAUUCGACUGGGAAUGGGGCAAGAAGAGUUGUGGGAAUGGUGUACAUCUAAGUUUUGUAAUUUACAGCUACAUUGGGGGAAUUAGAUGUAUUAUACAACUGUGAUUUGAAUUGCGUGGUAUGUUAAGUUCUGUUCAUUGAGCUUCCAUAAAUUCCUUUAUAAAUUCAUUCCAAUCUUUAUUACUAUUGCAUGAUUGGAAAUGUUCAAAACAUCAAAUUUUAGUAGAGUAUUGUAAUGAUUUUGGUAACCAAUUUUUUUUUUUCUCUGCAUGUGAAUUUCUCAAAAACAUUCAUUAGUAACAUAUCAGUUACAUCAGCUUUCUUUUCAGAUUGUUACUAUAUAGAAAUGUGAUAUCUUCUUGAUAACUGUAACCAACUAUUUUUGUAUUUUUGUAAUAUUUAUGUACUAAGUUGAAGAAGCAGCCUCAAUAUUCAGUUGAUUAUAUGUAUGUGUGGCUAGCCUUUUUAUUCACUGUAUGUUUAAUCUGAUAGUUUAAAUCUAAAUUUUCUAGAGCAAUAAAGUGACGAUAAUGUUAAGUAAAUAGUAUAUUAUUGAUUUCUAAUAGUAUUUUAAAAAAUUAAGUCUUGAAUUAAAUUGUUUUGGCAGCUGAAGUCAUAUUUAUUUUUAAGUUACCAGUGUUUUUUUUGUAAUAUUUUUUAUCUUGAUCAUUUUAGGGUUAUAGAAGUUGAAAAAUUAGUACAGAGUUCCUUGUACCACUUACUUGACUUUAAAAGUUACCUUAUAUAACUAGACACCAUUUAUCAAAAACUAAGAAACUAACUUGAACAAUACUAUUAACUGGAUACAGAACUGAAUUCAGAUAUCCCCACGUUUUCUAUUUCUUAAUUUUCUUUCUGUGUGCUCUAUUUUUACCAUGACGACUUAUUUUUCUUGACUUAUAAGUCUGCCAGUUUGAGUUCUCCCUUUUAUUUUGGAAAUUUCAUUGGCUAAAAAGAAAAAAAUUCACUGAUUUUAACAGAAAUUAUUUUAAUUUUAAAAUCAUAAUUUAAAACAUUGCUUUGAAAGUUUAGAUUUAAUCACAUUAAUAGGAUAUUUCUGAAUUGCUCAUGUUUGGCUGUUAGGCUUGAUUUACAAAUAACACACUCAUGAAAAAGUAAAUUUUACAAUUUGAACGUUACUAGAUAUUUAGUUUGUGUGAAAUUUUAGAUAGAAAUUCUGCAGUAUGAUUAUGUACAGCUGGCUAAUUUGGCAUCUGAAAUUACAGUGUAACCUGUAUACCUAUUGAUUUAAAAUUAUGAAAUGUAAUAGCAGGAUAUAGAAUGAAUGUAGAAGGAAGAAUUAUAGCUGCAAUAGCUGAACUUCUUACUAUCAGGUCUGAAAAAUAUCAUUUAGCAUCCAGAAUAUCUAAUUCUUCGGAAAGUUGUAAAGUAGUGUUCAGAUUAGACUCCUUUGGACAGGUAGAAGCCCCAUAAAUAUUUUAGCAAGGAUUCUGUAACAUCAGUCCAAAAAGAAAUUUUUAAGUAACAAUUUAAAUUUAUGUGGAAAAAAAUUCACCAAGACAGGUGGUUCAUGGGUGUCUUGGUGGUAGUAAUUUUAUGGUUAUUAUACCUUAGAAGAGAAUGAACAAUGACAUAAAAAAUAAACAAAUGAAUAAAUAAAUGCAUUAAAUUAAAUUCACCAAUACAGGUGCUCCUAGUAGUAAGUAAGAAAGGGUGGCACAGAGGUUAAAAUCUUAACCUUAUUAAGCUAUCACCAGCUACUGUAGCAUGAGUUCGG